AUUCAGAGUCCAGUGGAUCGCUGACUUUUGCCAAGAUGUUUAACUUUAUCGCUGUGCUCGCUUUGCUCAUAUGCGUGGGAGCAACUGUUGUGCUUUCCUCGUCGAAUGUGACGGUUUAUAUGGAAGAUUACAUUCGCCUGAAUCAACGACAGUACGAGGCCAAGGUUAAAAAGUUUGAGGUUGAGAUUGCAACGUUUCGGGAAACAUAUGGACGAGAAUUGCGCGCAAUUUCUGUGCAAGCGGAUUUGCUAGAGUUGAAACUUAAUGAGGCUACAGAACGACUGCGUCCGCUUGAGCUCAUCGACUCCUGGCACAAUCAAUGCGUGCAGAACUAUUCAACAACUAUUCCUACAGUUGCCACAGUGCGAGCGGCUCUCACCAGUUGCUCGACAGCGGCGCAGAGUAAUCUCAAUGGUCAUCUCCAGAACGCGCAGAAUACGUAUAACAACCUCAAGUCCUAUCAUACCACCAACGUGAAAAAUAUGCUAAACGAUUGUGAGAAGCGACAUCCCGCUUCCCAAGGGAACUACACAAGUUGUGUAACAAAUGCGAUUGCCACGGCGAAUGUGAAUACGAUAGCUAACCAGAAGAACUUCAUCACGUAUAUGGAGCAAGCCGAAUGUGGAGCGAAAUCACGUAUUACACAGGCCUGGGAAUGCUCUUAUACCACAGUGCAUAACACCAUUUCUUCAUUGAGCAUAGCGUUGCGGCUCAUCGAUGAUUGCAUUGCAAACAAGAUGUCCUGUGCCUCAGUGUCCUGCACCACGGGUUGUAAGAAUCGCAUGAUUGUUAAUCUAAGCCAGGCGGAUUUCCUUAAUACAACCAUAAACAAUCCUUUCAUUGGACUUAGUUCAAAGCUCGGUUGUCUGGAGAUAAAAUUCAAAGAUUGAAAUCCAAAUUAUUAUUGAUUUAAUUUAAUUGCACCACCAUUUAUAAAAUAUAAUACAAUAUAAUAAAU